AAUGGGAGCGGCGCUAGGCCAAGACGUGGCAUGAAGUACGAAACUCUUUUACGUCCGCCAUAUUGACGUACGACAACUUUUGGGAGGAUUGGUGAAUGUGAUAGCGCUUCUUUGUGUGCAGAGUGUUGUUUUACGAGAGGUUUACAUUGUCCAGCAGCCAACAUGGGGAACGUGUUUGCGAACUUAUUCAAGGGCCUCUUUGGCAAGAAGGAAAUGAGGAUAUUGAUGGUAGGGCUAGACGCUGCGGGUAAAACCACUAUUUUAUAUAAACUUAAAUUAGGAGAAAUCGUUACGACUAUUCCCACAAUUGGAUUUAACGUCGAAACUGUAGAAUAUAAGAACAUCAGCUUCACAGUAUGGGACGUCGGCGGUCAGGACAAAAUUAGGCCGUUAUGGAGACACUAUUUCCAAAACACACAGGGCCUAAUCUUCGUAGUGGACAGCAACGACAGGGAGCGUAUAGGCGAGGCAAAAGACGAGCUGAUGCGCAUGUUGGCCGAGGACGAGCUCAGGGAUGCCGUUCUCUUAAUUUUCGCGAACAAGCAGGAUCUGCCGAAUGCAAUGAACGCAGCCGAGAUUACGGAUAAGUUGGGACUGCACUCGUUGAGGAAUCGCAACUGGUACAUCCAAGCGACCUGUGCAACUAGCGGAGAUGGUUUAUACGAGGGUCUGGACUGGCUCUCAAACCAACUGAAGAAUGCCAACCGUUAAAGUGCAGUGUUUUGAUUAUUUUUCAGUUUUUUGUUCAGAAGCAAUCACUUGAAAUUAUUGUGAUUGGGACUGUCAAUGUUACUAUACCAUAUGUUGCAAUUAACAACUGUCACAUCCACUGUUUGUCGAACAUACUCUCUUUAAUAAAUUCGUUUAACGUGUUUUCUUGAUUUUUUAUUGUAGGUAUGGAGGGCAAACAGUAGAGUCCUACCAGCUAAGACACGUGGUUUCUUUUGUAUUUUCGGUACAUACUUUAAGUGUAUUUAUAACUUGUACAGUAGUUUUCGUGUGAGGUGUUUUAUUUGUAACAUAUGGUAGGUUCCAUGUUCAUCAUAGGACAUCUUUUAUUGAGCUCAGCUCAAAACAUUUUAUUGUUUACUUUUCUUGGUUUUUCUUUUGCAUUAAUCGUAAUUCAUGUCUACGGAUAGCCGUUGAGAAAUAGGUUUUCUUUUUGACAAACAGCGGAGCGCAAGUGAUUUAUAUAAAAUUUGAAAAAUAAAUAAAAACCGUCAUAAAUAUAUAUUGGCUAAUCAGUCUCGUGAACAUUCCCGUUUGUCAACAUACUGUAUUAUGAAAUAAAUUUAUAUUAUUAA